AUGAAAUAAAUUUAUGCUCAAAUUGAUUAAAUUAAUUUAGGCUAUUCACUUUGUGAUAACAGAAUUGUUAAACUAACUUCCAGAGGUAAACAUCAAUAGUUGCUUGAUUCUAUGCUUAAGUGUAAAUCUAUUAUUCAGCUUAAAAGAUUCAUUUUAAAAUUAGUUCCAUAAUGGCCAGGUAGGAGAUAAGGAUAAAUGACAAGUGCAUAGAAGAAGAAUGCAAAAAAAUUUAGAUAUUUUAAAAUCAAAUACACUAAUGUAACAAUAUAUGUUUUAAAUAGUUGAACUAAUUAAACUAGAAAAGAAUGGUUCAAGAUGAAUAAAUUGCAAAUAAGUAGAAUUUAAACGUUAGGAAGUUGAAAAGUCUUAGCUUAAGUUCUUGUAUAAAUAAUGUAUAUUAAAUGCCUUAAAUUAUGUAUUUAGGCUAAUGA